AUCCUUGAUGCUGUGGUCAACAAAAGAAUUUGAACAGAAAGAACACAAGGCAAUACGUGGUAAUGUGGAUCUGGAUCAUGGAUCAAAAGUGAAAUUUAGUCCAGACUCUAAGGCAUUCAUUGUAAGUCUGGGUAAUGCAAACACAGUGCGGGUUUUUCGGAUAGGGAAGAAAGAAGACGGGAGUCCAGGCAAUAUAACAGGCGCGCUUGACUUUCCACAGAAACACAAAGCUCAAAUUAUCAACAUAGGCAUAGCAAGCAGUGGCAAGUUCAUCAUGUCCAUUUCCUCUGACACCACCAUGAUUGUCUGGUCCAUAAAAGGUGAUGUUCUCAGUGAGAUCAACACCAACCACAUGAACAACUCCUAUGGAGCUGUCUCACCUUGUGGCAGAUUUGUGGCUUCAUCAGGCUUCACACCUGAUGUGAAGGUUUGGGAAGUGUGUUUUACAAAGUCUGGUGAGUUCCAUGAGGUUCGUAGAGCGUUUGAAUUGAAAGGUCACGCUGCUGGCGUCCACUGCUUCAGUUUUAACCACGAUUCCACAAGAAUGGCAUCUGCAUCGAAAGAUGGAACUUGGAAAUACUGGGAUACAAACAUUCGUUACGACAUGAACCAGGACCCAUACCUGCUGUUCACAGGCAGCUUAAAGUGGUCAGGUCCCUGCAUCAUAUCCUUGUCCCCGGAUGGACGCACCGUAGCCAUGGCUCAACAUUUAGGAAUAUACGUCUGUAACUCUUCUGGGCAAGACGAGGAGGUCAUUGAAAAUGUACAUUCAGAAAUUUCAUCUCAGUUAGGGUUUGACAACUCAGGAAAGUAUCUACUCAGUGCUGGAGAAAAGCAGGUCCACAUCCUACAUAAUAUCACAGGCUAUAAAGCAACCAUAGAAGAGCUGGUUGAGCUGGAGAAGAAAGCAAAUGGCCAGGCAAUGAAGGAACGGAUCAGAUCUCAAAUUACUGAUGCCAGGAAUGCAUUGCAACGGAUCCUUUCUGACGAGGAAUCAAAUGGACAUGUGAAGGGGAAGUAAUUGCAAAGUGAGAUGCUGUACUUACCCUGCACAGGGUGGCAGCAGUGGGUCACUGCCUUCAUCAUUGACACUUUACAGGAACUGAGACAUUCU